AUGACGACCCUUCCUCCUUCCCUCCGGCCGACAGCCGUCGCUUCUCUGACGCCGCCACCAGUCCUGGUCCCUCCCAUCAACUUUGCCCUCGUGGCUCCCGGCGUGUAUCGGUCUGGGCAUCCCAACCGAAGAAACUUCGGAUUUCUGCAGAGGCUCGGCCUGAAGACGGUGCUUCACGGCGAGGGCGAGGCGUCCGUAACAUGUCCGAGUCUGCGGGAAAGCGUUGCGGAGCAUGCGGUGUCGAUGAUGUGCAUGCCCGUCCGACAGGCUGGACAGGCUGGAGCGAGGCGCACCUAUGUGGCGAGGUCCGAUGAGUAUCGGCCAGACGGCGCCGACUUCGUCUCACAGCAUAACCUUAACUUGCACCACAUUGACCUGUCCGACGACGAGGAGCUGUUCACGCCCUCAGGGAAGAAGAGGAUGUAUGAGGCGCUCCAGAUCGUGCUCGACACCCGCAACUAUCCUAUUCUUGUUCAUGACGACACCGGAAAAGCGGCCGUCACAUUACUCUGCGCCCUGGCCCGCUGCUACCAGAACUGGGCGUUGACGGCCGUGUUCCGGGAAGGCGACAUGUUCGCCGGCGCCGGAGGCAGCGACGAUUCUGGACUAGGGAACGCAGGCAAGGAGUUCAUCGCGACCUUUGAUCCUAGGAGCGUGCCUUUAGAUCCAGAGUAUCUCCCAGACUGGGCAGAGAUGUGA